UCACAUGGUCUGGUCACAUGGCCUGUGAUGUCACCGGCUAACAUUUACGGAAGGGGAACUAGACACUUCCGUCACGGUGCCGGGUUGCUGCGGCUUGGGAUCCUUGUUGGGCGGAGAUCUCGAAAAGUGGAGGGGAGAAGGCUGCUGGUGCAUGUGGCUAUCGCGCACUUAUGAUGACUGAGCUGGGCUUUCCAAACAAGAACAGAGUUGCUAUUUUAGCAGAACUCGACAAGGAGAAGAGGAAAUUACUUCUGCAAAACCAGUCGUCCACCAACAAUCCAGGAGCAAGCAUAGCCCUUUCGAGACCUAAUGUAAACAAGGACUUCCGUGACCGUGCAGAGCAACAGCAUAUAGCUGCCCAACAGAAAGCUGCACUUCAGCAUGCACAUGCACAUUCAUCAGGAUAUUUCAUUACCCAAGACUCUGCUUUUGGAAACCUGAUUCUCCCAGUUAUCCCACGUCUGGAUGCAGAGUAACAACUCUGUCAAUGAAGUACUAAUGAUGGGCACAAGAAGCAUCUUCUUCUGACAGGACUACAUCUUACUUCUUUAUUUAUAGAAUAAUCUUAGACAUUCUGGCAUUGGGACUGCUGGCCUGGCCUUAAGGUGGGUACACACUGGCCGAUAUAUCGGGCGUUCUCUUGAACGUCCUAUAUAUCGCGGGUCCGUCGGCCAGUGUGUACGGCCGAUACGUCUGUGAACUCCGUCGUUCACAGACGUAUCGCGUCGGCCCCGCUGCACAGCCGACGACCAAUAUAUCUACCGAUAUAUUGGCGCGCCGCUGUGUGUGUACGGGCGGUCGGCCGACCGCCCGUACACAUGCUGCAGCGGCCGGCGGUGAUUGACAGCUGAACUAGGCGGGCGUGUGUACACGCCUGCCCAGUUCUUGACGUCAGUCCCCAAUGGAUCGGGCAGUGUGUAUGCUCAACACACUGCCCAAUCCGUCCAUAUAUAUAUCUGCCGAUCAAUUGAUCGGCAGAUAUAUCUACCAGUGUGUACCCACCGUUACGGUCUCCUAUUUAUUUAUGCAUUUGCAACAGAAACCAAGAUUGGUAGAACUGAUGGUAACUGUAACACAAUGAUUUUAGAAAUGUUGCAUUUUUUUCCAUUAUUGUAAAAAAAUAAACAUUGUUUUUGUAGUUUAACAUCAAA